GCUGUGGGGCGGUGUGGGGCCGGGCCGGGGCUGUGGGGCAGCCGGGCGGUUCCUUCACCCCGCCGCCCCCGCGGGCAGCGGCGCGCAGCUGCUCCCCGACCCCCAUGAAGCUGCGCGACGCCCCUUCCGCCUGCCCGUCCCUGUGGCGCUGGCUGCCGUGCCCGCCGGCCGAGCUGCGCCUGGACCUGGUGCUGUCCUCGGGACAGAGCUUCCGGUGGUGGGAGAGCAGCCCGGGGGCGUGGACGGGCGUGCUCGGGGGCCGCGUCUGGACUCUGCGGCAGGACGGGGACCGGCUCUGGUACACCGUGUACGGCGAGGAGGAGGAGCACCAGGAGGAGCGGGAUGAGCGCCCCGCCAAAGCAGCGAAGCUGAGCGCCGCAGAGACGGAGCGGAUCCUGCGCGAUUACUUCCAGCUGGACGUGGGGCUGCCGCCCCUGUACCAUGCCUGGGGGGCGGCCGACCCUCUGUUCCGCAAGGUGGCCAAUGACUUCCCAGGGGUGCGGGUUCUGCGGCAGGACCCCGUCGAGUGCCUCUUCUCCUUCAUCUGCACCUCCAACAACCACAUUUCCCGCAUCACUGCCAUGAUCGAGCGCCUCUGCCAGGCCUUCGGCCGCCGUCUCUGCUGCCUCGACUCCCGGCCCUUCCAUGCCUUCCCAUCUCUCUCGGCGCUCACAGGUGCUGAUGCCGAGGCCCGGCUGCGGGCGCUGGGCUUCGGGUACCGGGCCAAAUUUGUCAGCGGGAGUGCGCGGGCCAUCGCUGAGGGGCUCGGCUCUGAGGGGCUGUGCCAGCUCCGCACCGCGCCCUAUGCCGAGGCCAGGAGGGUGCUGUGCGCCCUGCCUGGGGUAGGUGCCAAGGUGGCCGACUGCGUCUGCCUGUUGUCCCUGGACAAGGCGGAGGCGGUGCCUGUGGACACCCACGUGUGGCACAUCGCACGGCAGCGCUAUGGCGUGGCGCUGGGCGGCAAGAGCCUCACCCCCCGGGCCUACCAGGAGAUCGGCGACUUCUUCCGGGGGCUGUGGGGCCCUCGUGCUGGCUGGGCGCAGGCAGUGAGUACCCCCCACUUCCUGGCUCCCUUGCCCCCACCCCAAGCCAUGCCCACCCCGCUAUCUCCCCACUCCAGGUCCUGUUCUGUGCCGACCUCCGCAAGGGCCAGAAGCCAGCCAGCAGCCAGCAUCAGGCCUGAGAGAGCUGAGGCUGGGACAGCUAUGGGGGUGGGCUCCUCUAGGGACACCCCAGGAGGAACAGAGACUUGAGUGGGACACUGCACCUGCUGCCAGCCUGGGAUGGAGGAGUGUGGGCAGCUGCCUGUCACCUGCCCACUAUGUGCAUGGGGGAAGCUGCUGCCCUGGGCAGUGAAGCUGGGGGGGUCAGGGCUGUGUCGAGCUCCCUCGGUGCAGAGCUGAGCCAAGCACCUUUGGCCUCUUGCCUUUAUUACAAGCAAUAAAAUAGAAACAUCCAUUUGGAAAA